AUGUCUCUCAGCCCUCCCAUCCAAAACCUCGCCCUCUCAGAUGAAGCAGAUGACACAGGAAGCAGUCCAGCCCAGCUAAAUCUUCAACGUCUCUAUGAACAGUCUCGCAGAGGAGCCCCGGCAUCCUCCAAGGAUGCACAGAAGCCCUCAACCCCCGGCCCCAAUGCCGGCGCUGCCGCCAAGGGCAAGCCCCGGCUACUUCUCAUGGGCCAGCGAAGGAGUGGAAAGUCGUCCAUCUCGAGCGUAGUCUUUCACAAGCUGCCACCAAAUGAGACCCUAUUCCUCGAGUCGACGGCUCGUAUCCAGAAGGAUUCUAUGGCAUCGUUCAUGGACUUUCAGGUCUGGGACUUCCCCGGCCAGAUCGACGUCUUUGAGAACCCCGGCUUUGAUAUCGAGGCUAUCUUUAGUGAGAUUGGCGCCCUCAUCUGGGUCAUCGACGCUCAGGACGACUACCUCGAGGCCGUGAUGCGCCUCAACACCACCAUCCUCUUUCUCCAACGCACGUACCCCAACAUCAACAUCGAAGUCUUUAUCCACAAGGUCGAUGGCCUCUCGGACGACUACAAGCUCGACAUCCAGCGCGACAUCACCAUCCGUAUCCAGGACGAGCUCUCGGACCACGGCUUCGAGAACGCCCCCGUCACCUUCCACCUCACCUCCAUCUACAACCACUCCAUCUUCGAGGCCUUCAGCAAGGUCAUCCAGAAGCUUAUCCCUCGCCUAGGAACCCUCGAGUCCAUGCUCACUAACCUGUGCCGCACGUGCCGCUUCGAAAAGGCAUACCUCUUCGACGUGCUCUCCAAGAUCUACAUUGCUACCGACAGCGCCACCGCCGAUAUGGCUAGCUACGAGAUCUGCAGCGACUACAUUGACGUCAUCAUCGACAUCACAGAGGUCUACGGCACCUGGCAGCGCAGCGACGACGGUCGCCGCCGCCUCGAGGGUGAACCCUGGAGCGCCCCGAUUGAGAGCCAGGUCGGCUGCCCUACCGCCGAGAGCUGCCUCGUCUUGCACGACGGCAACAAGCCCAUCAUGCUGCGCGAGGUCGACCGCUACCUGGCACUCGUCGCCAUCAUGAAGGAGGACUCGUAUGACAGCAUGCCCCUGGUCAACAUGAACGUCGAGGCUGUGGUCGAGGGCCUGACAGAGUUCUUUGACAUCACCAAGCCGCGGCAGUGA